AGCCGGGGCCCACGUGUACAUAGACUCUCUACUUCUCGGGCUCCCGCUGGGCUGGCUGGCUGGCUCCUGGGUCUGGUUCCUGGGCCCCUUCGCUUGUCGGCCAUGAGCCUGGAGGCGAUCCGGUAUCACCGGGGCUCCCUGCACAUCCUGGACCAGCUGCUGCUGCCCCAGCAAAGCCAUUAUGAGGCUGUGACCUCCGUGCGCCAGGCCUGGGAGGCCAUCCGGGCCAUGAAGGUUCGGGGCGCUCCGGCCAUCGCCAUAGUGGGCUGCCUAAGCUUGGCUGUAGAGCUGCACGACGGUGCAGGGGGACCGGGACGUGAGGCCCUGGUGACCUUUGUGCAGGACUCACUAAACUACCUGGUGACAGCCAGGCCGACUGCAGUCAACAUGGCUCAGGCCGCCCGGGAGAUGACUGAGGUAGCUAUGCAGGAAGCUGGACAAGAAGGGGCCACUGAGGGUGCCGUCCGAGAGAGGUUGAUCUGCUGGGCUGAGCACAUGCUGGAGAAAGAUAUCAAGGACAACCAGAGCAUUGGGGACCAUGGAGCCCAGCACCUUCUGGACCUUGUGGCACCAGAGGGUGGCCAGGUGACUGUGUUGACCCAUUGCAACACGGGCUCAUUAGCCACUGCAGGCUAUGGAACAGCCCUGGGUGUGAUCAGAUCUCUUCAUGCCCUGGGCCGCCUGAAGCAUGUGUUCUGUACGGAGACCAGGCCUUACAACCAGGGUGCCCGGCUGACGGCCUAUGAGCUGGUGUAUGAGAAGAUCCCCGCCACCCUCAUCACUGACAGCAUGGUAGCUGCUGCAAUGGCCCACAAGGAGGUGGGAGCUGUCAUCGUGGGAGCAGACCGGGUGGUCGCCAAUGGUGACACCGCCAACAAAGUGGGGACUUACCAGCUGGCCAUUGUUGCCAAGCACCAUGGGAUCCCUUUCUACGUGGCUGCCCCUGUUUCCUCUUGUGAUCUCAGCUUGAAGACAGGGCAGGAGAUUGUCAUCGAGGAGCGGCCGGGCCAGGAGCUGACCAGCCUCUGUGGGACCAGGAUUGCUGCCCCAGGAAUUGGAGUUUGGAACCCAGCCUUUGAUGUCACACCUCACGAGCUCAUCACUGGUGGCAUCAUCACAGAGCGUGGCGUCUUCUCCCCCAAGGAACUCCAGAUGGUCCUGACCUCUAAAACCUCCUGACUAGACUCAGUCUCCUCUCAUCCCAGGUCUCUCUUCACUGAACUGUUUUUACAAUAAACUUUUUAGUAAUGAUAGUUGCUUACAUUUGCCUUCCCAGAGGACAAAAAGUCAACCAGUUGUCAAGUCCCAACUCUUGACACUGGCCUCUCCCUUCCACUUCCACAACUAACACCAAAGUUCAGGCCCCCAUCAACUCUUACCUACAUUGAUAAAAGAGCCUUCCUGACUAGUUUCCUUGCUUCCAAUUCAAUCCAUUCUAUGUACAAUAUUCUAAGCCCCUCCCACCUUUCUUUUAAAAAAAAUUUUUUUUUGGGUGCGGGGCAAUGAGGGUUAAGUGACUUGCCCAGGUUCAUACAGCUAGUAAGUGUCAAGUGUCUGAGGCCAGAUUUGAACUCAGGUCUUCCUAAAUCUAGGGCUGGUGCUCUAUCUACUAUGCCACCUAGCUUCCCCCCCCCCCCCCUCCACCUUUCAAGUCUUACCUCCUACUCCCUGACACAUGCUUUUCAGUCAGGUGACACUGACCGCUGGCUGUUCCUUGAACAGAACGUUCCAUCUCUUGGCUCCUGGCCUUUUCUCUGGCCCCCUGCCAUGCCUGGACUGCUAUCCUUCCUCAUUUCUCCCUAAUGGCUUCCAUGGUUUCCUUCAAAUUCCAACCAAAACUCUAUUUUCUACAGAAAACAUUUCUCAACCUUUCUAACUUCCAAUGCCUUCCCUCUCUUAAUGAUUUCUUGUUUAUACUGUAGAUAGCUUGUUUGUACAUAUUAAUUUGUGGUCUUCCCCAAUAAAUUAUGAGCUCCUUGAGGGCAGGCACUGUCUUUUUGCCUCUUCUUGUAUCCCCUGAUUUUAGCCUAUAGUAGGUGCUUAAUAAAUGUUUAUUAACUAUGUACUACCACCAAAAUAAUCUUCUGAAUGAACAGGUCUGGGCACCUUAAGUGGUUUUCUAUUCUGCAUAGGAAAAAAUACCAAUUCCUCAGGCCUCCACAGUCUGACUCUAGCAUACUUUCCUGUUCUUAUUUCCCUCUACUCUUCUCAUAAUCUGUACUCCAUUUAAACUGAACUACUAUCUGGUCCCCAGUCUCCUCCUGCAUUCUCCACUGGGUACAGGAUGCCCAACCUCCUCACAUUCAACUUUUGAAAUCCUUCCCAUUCUUCAAAGCCCAGCCUAGAUGAAGCCAAAAAUGAUCUUUAAAUUUUCCUAGGGGUCUUUGUCUAGAGCCUCCUGCCCCCCCCCAUUUCCCCUAUCCCAAUCUACCUCGUAGAAUACUUGUGUUUAUACAUGUCCUGUCUUCCCUAAUGGAUUGUAUGCUUCCUGAGGGCAGGGACUGUAUUGUUAUCCUCAACCCCAGAGCAAAUCAAUAAAGUGUUUAUUAAGCACUUAC